AUGGAUUCAAGAUGUAACGUGGCUUAUAGUGGCAUGACACGUUGUCCUGUGCAUUUAGAUUUUCAUCGUUCUAGAGAAAUAGUUGGAUCUGAUAGCGUCGUCUUGUUAUUCGUUAUGAAUAAGCCAUCACGUUUGGAACAAAAAGCGCAAAGCUGUAUCGACAAAGGAGAAUAUUAUGAAGCACAUCAGGUGUAUCGAACUUUGUAUUUUCGAAUGACUCAACAGGAGAAGUACGUUGAGCUCCUUGACGUACUUCACUCAGGCUGCAAGAAAAUGGCUGAAGUAAAUCAGUUCCUCGGCUCCAUCGAUUUAGCAGAAUUAUAUGCGGAAACACUGAUGAAGGGAAAAAUUGAAGCCUCUGAAAAGAUUCUCGACCAAAUCGCUGAGAUGAUCGAGCAAUUUCUUAAUCCAUCAUUCCGUUUACCCAGCCCAGAUGCACACACCAAGUUUAUCAGUACCUGUGUUAAGUGGUCGCAAUCGGUGGCCAAGAAACGUCGCGAAAGGAAGCAUGGUCUCAGUGAUUUGCAUUACGUGAUCGCCAAAGCAUAUAUCAACCACGGUAACUAUGCAAAUGCACGAAAUCACAUGCUUUUUGCAGAUCGGCCAGAAGAGUUCGCAAGCGUACUGAAGCGAAUGUCUGAGGAAAGUGGGUGCAAGACGUCAGAGUCGGAACUCUUCUGUGCGAUGUCCGUCUUUCAACUUCUGGCUAUGCAUCGAGUGCAGACGUCUUCCAAACUGCUAGCUGCUUAUAUGUCGUCGCUGGACACUACAGCACAGAGCACGGACUCUCGACAUGAAAUUUUGAAUUUUUUACGCUUACUCUGCAACGCCCUCACCUUGCACGAUGAAAAUCUUUUCGACCAUAUAGUUGGGGUUUAUAGACCUCACCUAGAUAGUGAUCCAAGUUACUACAGUUAUAUCGAUAGGAUUGGGCACAUAUUUUUUGGUCGCCCUGUUUCUAGAAAAAAUGAUCCCUUUGGAGGACUGUUUGGCAACAUUUUGAAAGGAGUAUUGGGUGAGAGGAAAGAAGAAGAAGAUGAUAUAUUUUCUGAUUCUGAUUUUGAACCAAAUGCCACAGGUGGAGCAAGAUCCGAGGAAGAUGCAUAUGAGACCGCCGAAGAAUCUGACAUCGCAGAUACACCACAGAAGGAAACUCCGAAACGGCUAGCUGUUGACAAUUUCGAUGAUCUUGAUUGAAUUGCUGUUAUUCUAUCUACAAAUAACAAUGAUAAUAAUCCUAUUAAUGAAAAAGGAAUGAUUUAC